UUUAUAAAAAGUGAUCUACAAAAAUGUAAUACGUUAAAUAACUGACACGAUGAGGCAUCCGAUAUGCAGCAAAAAGAUUUAUUCCGUUCCGAAAGUAAUUUGCACUUUGUUCCUGGGAAUUUACAUAAUCAAAAUCAAGAUAUUUCAAGAAUUGAAGUCCAAUUCGUCAAUUCAGCUGUCGGGUCUGGCAAAUAACCAACACAGAGGUGAUGGAGAUGAAUUAACACUAGUCACAGCAUAUUUUAACAUAGGUUCAUUCAACAAAACUCCGAAUUUGAUGUAUUCUAAACACACAUAUUAUAAUUGGAUGAAAAAUUUUCAGUAUGUGAACAAUUGUGUUAUCCUUUAUACGGAUGAAAUUGAUUUAUCAGUGCAGUUCAAAUCAUAUCGUAGACACUUCCAAAUUAAUAUGACCAAAGUAUUCAUUCUAAAUCAAACAAGUCUUUGGGCUUUUCGUUUGCAACCAAGAAUCAAAGAGAUUUACAACCAAAAAGGAUACCCCAUUCCGGGUAUACCUGCUUAUUCGUCUGCAAUGCAUGCUAAGUAUGAACUGAUCGAAAAAGUGAUAAAAGAAAAUAUAUCCACGACGACAUAUCUUGCAUGGAUUGAUAUAGGUUAUCUCAGAAGCAACAUAUCUGACUGCUUUGUAAUGAAACCGCUCAAAAUUAUGAAAGAUGAUCAUAUUGCAUUUUCGCAAGCUGAUUUUUUCAAUUCCUGGCUUACUCUAAAGGAAAUAAUGUAUAAAACUAAAUAUUAUAUAGCUGGUGGAUUUUUCAUUGGAAGACCAAAAUAUCUUUCUUUGUUCAUCAAGGAUUAUAAAAUAGCCGUAGAAUGCUUGCUAAGAAGGAAACUGAUGAACUCUGAUCAGCAAAUAUUGCUUGUAAUGUAUUCAGGAAAAUUAUUUUUUCUGCCUAGGGUACCAAUUCAAACUUUCUUUGACGAGAAUAUUUUGAGAAAAGGAGAGCCUGAGAAAUGGUUUUUUCUGGGGAAACUUUGUCAGAGGUCAACAAAACAGAAUGCAAAUGAAAACACUUGCAACUCUAAUCACAUGUAAUACUAUUCACUUUUCAAUAUAAAUUUAAGGUGCUAUGGUAAGAUUCCAAAUGAGACAAAUAUCCAUCAGACACCAAUAGACAAUAAUUGAUAGGUAAAAUAAAAGAAAAGAUUCGUCAGAAGUUUUAUCAUGUUCAAAUCUAAUAUAUUCAUUUUGAUCGUUGAGACUAAGGUAUCAAACUAAAUCUCAAGAAUUUGCAUUAUUUAAAAAAGGAGUAAGGCAAUGAAAUAAAUGGUACCAAGUCUACUGUACCAAAUGUGUAUUUCGAAAAAUAAUGCUUGAAGCCAAAUCAUUCGAAAAUUAAAAGUCUAAUACAAACAGUGGAGAGCUGAUAUAUAACAAAGGACCAAAAGAAAAUUAAACCUGAACAAAGGAUCAAGAGAAAUAUUCCUCAUUUUAAAAUGCUUUCAACAAUUUGUACCAGCAAAUUUCAUGACAAAAAGAAAGCCGUAUUUCAUUAUCUUCUCCUUUGCAUGCUUCAAACGCAAGCGAAACCACAUUCAGUCAACAUGUCACUCUAGCGAAUAAGACACAUUCGGAAAAUUAAAAGAACAAAUGAAUAACAAAUAUGUCAGACAGUAACCAACGACAACUACGCAAUAACAGAAUCCUGCAUUGGAACAUACAUAAUAUGAUAGGGUUAAUUUUGUUUGUGACCGCUGAUCCAAUCUCUUAACCUACGGGUGUUGUGUUACAGCAUCGCGUUAGAAAAAACUGUAAACAUAAGUUUGAAAGUACUUGGCUUAUCAGAUUGACAUGACAAACAAACCACAACAAUAAAAAAGACAAAAGACAAACAUAAUACCAAUCUAAGAAUAGUCGUAUUUUAAAAACAAAAUCAAUUAAAACACAUCCUCUAGUUCGAGUGAAAUACAUCCUCUCUCGCUUUUUUCUAUGAUCAGAUACUGGCUAGGCGGGGAUUCGGCAUUAACAGUAAAACGUUUAAUACAAAAUAUUAAACAAAUGCACUUAGUUUCUACAACUUGGUGGUAACCUUUCAAAACCAACAACACUACUUUGGAACGCAUUAUCAUGUUUUCAUAAUCAAUGAACAAAUAAAU